ACAUUCCUAACAUAAUUUGCACGUACUUGCCAUAGCGCAUCACGUGCCCGUGCAGAACACGCGCUCCGGCACGGGACCACGCGGAGCAUGCGCAUUACUCCGGCUCUCGAUGCUGUUUCUUCAUCCUUGCUGCGCCAACAGUCAGAUCGCUUGACAACCUUGGCCAGUUUUUGAGCAUUGAGCACUUUCCAUUUCCGAGCAACCAUGUCUGAAUCUCUGUCAGUGAACGACGCCAAGAAAAUGCGCUCUGUAGAGCUGCGACAAGAACUGGCGGCCCGCAAUUUAGACACGACGGGGACCAAACCCAGGCUGUUGACUCGCCUGCUCGAGUCAUUGGAGUUCACUGCAGUGCGCGAGGACUUGGCCACUCAGGCAGCCGAGCAGAACCUACCCCAGGCAACUGCUGCUCCGUCCCUGAGGGACAUUAUCCGGGAGGAGGUCCGUGCUGCCCUUGGAAAUCAGGCCGCAGCUCCAGUCCCGCCGGCAGCUCACGCAGCGGCACCCCCACCGCCAGCUCACACAGCGGCACUCCCACGGCAAGCACCAGCAACUCCGCAGGACGCUCUGCCUGCUCCGCAUUUGGCGGCUGCCGUCUCACCGCCAAUGAACCCCGCAGGUACGGCGCUUCCGGACCCUCAACCCAACUGCCGACGCAGCGCCUACACCACCAGCGCAGUCCACCCUCCAUCAGUUGAUGACGCAGCCAUGGAGCUCAUCCGUCACGGCCUGGCAGACAGCUCCAGCGCGACGUACGCUUCAGUGCAGCGUUCCUACGAACGCUUUGCUGCCCUACGGCAGGUCGCGCCGUACCCGGUGACGGAGCCCAGCCUGAUUAACUUUCUGAAUUGGAAAUUCUCGUCCGGCUCGUCUGGCUCGUCUCUGAAACUCUACACCCAGGCGCUGAGACAUCAGCACGUCCUGCAGGGCCUCUGCCUGGAUGUUUUCGCCUCACCGCGUGUCCGGCUGCUCCAGCAGGGGGCGCUCAGAUCCCAGACGGCAGUCCGGAAAGUGCUAACGGCCGCAACUUUGGACGAUCUGGCGGGCGUACAGCACUACCUGCAGUCCACUGUGCCUAGCCCGCACAACCGCGCCAUGCUCUGGAGCGCCGUGACUCUGGCCUUCCACGGGCUGCUCAGAGUCAACGAGUACACCUUCACGGCACGGGGCGCCGGCCUUGAGUACAGCGAUGCGACCAUGUACCCAGACCGCGUGGAGCUGCGCCUGCGCGUGACAAAGACGAGCCAAUACGGCAGCGGCCAGGACAUCAGCGUCAGGAGGACAGGCUCGCCGACAUGCCCGCACACGGCAGCCACCAGCUACCUAGCAGCCCGUGGCUCGGCACCUGGCCCGCUCUAUCGCUAUGAUGACGGCACGCCCCUGAAGCCGCAUAACAUCAACAGGCUACUACAAACAGCCUUGCCUAACAAAGACGUGCGCAGCCACAGCCUCAGACGAGGCGCUGCAACGCUGGCAGGCAAAGCUGGCGUGCCUGAGUAUGUGCUGAAGACCGCCGGCAGGUGGCAAAGCUCUGCCUACCUCCGCUAUGUCCGCACCCCUGUCGCAGACAGAGCAUUGCCAGCGGCAUUGUUCUAGUCUCUGCCCGUUGUGCUAAUGGGUAGCCGCAUUGGACGGCCCUAGCGACAGCUGUAGUGUACAUAUGAUAUACAUAUUAUACUAUAACUAUGGUAAUGCUACUAUAACUAUAGUAAUGCCGAUAAUUCCUGUUUGGGUCAUGUUGUAUUUUUGGGAGAACGGUAGGGAUCGUGGGUCAGGCCGGCAUUGAGCCAAGUGCGCCUACAUGUGCUCACAAGUGCAUCCCUACCGUAUGCUCACGUAUUGACACGCCUAAGAACGGUAGGGAUCGUGGGUCAGGCCGGCAUUGAGCCAAGUGCGCCUACAUGUGCUCACAAGUGCAUCCCUACCGUACGCUCGUGUAUUGACACGCCGGGCAAUUGUUGCCCCCAUUAGCCCUGGCAUUGGCCAGUCUAACGCACAUUGGUGCUUGCGAUACUACGGCAUUGGACCAUAGUAUUGCAUACUGUAUGCGGCAAUUGUUGCCUAUGCCCUGAUAAUACAACGCGUAAUAGCUCCCAAACAGGUCGGCUUGUUGUGUGGUUGUUAAAUAUAAGUUUCCGUGCAUGGCACGGUAAGUGAAGUUAGCAACCCACCAACAAUUACAUUCCUAACAUAAUUUGCACGUACUUGCCAUAGCGCAUCACGUGCCCGUGCAGAACACGCGCUCCGGCACGGGACCACGCGGAGCAUGCGCAUUACUCCGGCUCUCGAUGCUGUUUCUUCAUCCUUGCUGCGCCAACAGUCAGAUCGCUUGACAACCUUGGCCAGUUUUUGAGCACCACCACCCACCCCAUCAUCUCUAACCAUCAUUCUAUUCUAAGCCAUCCCGGAAGGGAGAACGGUAGGGAUCGUGGGUCAGGCCGGCAUUGAGCCAAGUGCGCCUACAUGUGCUCACAAGUGCAUCCCUACCGUAUGCUCACGUAUUGACACGCCUAAGAACGGUAGGGAUCGUGGGUCAGGCCGGCAUUGAGCCAAGUGCGCCUACAUGUGCUCACAAGUGCAUCCCUACCGUACGCUCGUGUAUUGACACGCCGGGCAAUUGUUGCCCCCAUUAGCCCUGGCAUUGGCCAGUCUAACGCACAUUGGUGCUUGCGAUACUACGGCAUUGGACCAUAGUAUUGCAUACUGUAUGCGGCAAUUGUUGCCUAUGCCCUGAUAAUACAACGCGUAAUAGCUCCCAAACAGGUCGGCUUGUUGUGUGGU